AUGCAUCUUCGUGGAGUUUUCCGUGCGGCAAAACUGCCAAGGGACCAAGAUGGAUCGAUCGAGAAGUACAAGGCGCGCCUUGUUUCCAAGGGCUUCAAGCAGAAGUACGGCAUCGACUACACAGAGACGUUCUCGCCCUUGGUAAAGUACGUGACACUGCGUAUGGUGAUCGCGAUCACCAAGUAUUUCGACUGGCCACAGGACCAACUCGAUGUGGUGACAGCCUUUCUCUACGGAGUGAUGAAGGAGAAGGUGUACUGCGUGAUACCAGAAGGCGUCGAGAUGGAUGGCGACUUCGACUGUCUCGAGUUGGUGAAGGCGAUCUACGGUCUCAAGCAAGCUUCACGUGUGUGGAACGAGACUUUCGACGAGUUCGUAUGCUCUAUCGGUUUCGAGGCGUCGGCGUUCGACCCAUGUCUCUACAUCAAGGUUGUCGACGGUCACUGUGUGCUCGUGCUGGUCUACGUGGAUGACGUGUUGGUCACCGGCAGCUCGCUCGAGUUGAUUGCGCAGACGAAGGCCGACCUCAAGACGCGUUUCGAGAUGACCGACAGUGGCAAGUGUACUUUUGUACUGGGCAUCGAGCUGGUGGACGAAUCGGAUGGAAGCGUGACGAUGUGCCAGCGACGGUAUGUCAACGACAUCCUCAAGCGCUUCGGCAUGGAUGAGUGCAAGGCCAUAGCAAGUCCGGUCGAAUUUGAGUACUCGGCUUGUCGCAAGCAGUGA